AUGCGCAUGAUCGUCGCCGUUGCCUGUGUCGCCACCGCCGGCGCCGUGGAUCGGGAGCAGCCCUCGAAAGAGUCACGCAUGCGCGGCGCCUUCUUCGGCAGCCUCGUCGCGGACGCACUCUGCCUCGGCUCGCAUUACGAGUACGAUGCACCGACGAUAAAAGCGGCGUACGGAGGCAAGUUGAUCGAGACGUACAUGGCGCCCGGCGAGAAGAUGGGCGGAACGACGCACGGAGUUGGGUGGGGCCGGCGAAACUAUCACCCGGGCCAGCGCAAGGGCGACCAGACCGACUACGGCGAGUACAACAUUCUGAUGCUCGAGCACCUGGCAUCGCGCGGCGAGCGAGGCGGGCAGGUUGAUCUGAAGAGCUUGAUCCCGGCCUGGCAGCGCCGCUUGAAGAGCCCUUCCUGGGGCGCAUGGCGGUGCUCCCAGACCAAGCAGACGCUUCAGCAGGUCGAGUCGGGCAUGACGUACUCCUCACUGGGCGGGAUGUCUAACGCAAUGGCCAUGCGAUCCGCCGCUGCCGUGGCCGCGUUCGAAGACGAGGAUGGCGCUGCCAAGGCGGCGCGCGUCAUGAUGUUCACACACCGCAACGAAGAGGCGCUCGCGGGCGGCGAGUUCUUCACGCGCGUGGCCUUCAAAGUCGCCGUAGACGGCGCGACUCCUCGAGCGGCUAUCGACGCGACCGCGUCGCAGAUGGGCGGCUGGAUACAAAAGCAGGUGGAGAAGGGCGUCCGCAAGUUUGAGGAGGCGACCGAUCCGUUGCGGCCACUGUCCAAGGAGGAGUUUGCCGACGACCUGGCGAUGACGUCGAUGGCGCGCCUGUGGGACGUCGGCAAGACGGAGCCGAUCAAGGUUGGCAAGGCGAGCCCAACGGAAGGCACACUGCCGUCGUCGGUGUACAUCAUCCUCAAGUACGUCGACGACUUUGCGGCGGCGGCGAAGGCGAACGCGAUGGUUGGCGGCGACAACGCGUCGCGAGGGGUGGCCAUCGGCAUGGUGCUCGGCGCCUACCACGGCGUCGAGGGCAUCCCAAAGCCGCUGCAGGAUGGCCUCAACGCGUGGGGCAAGUGCGACGAGCUGCUCACCAGGCUGCUCGAGCUCGAUGCUGCUCCGCUCAAGGGCGAGCUGUGA